UCUUACUCUCCCUCAGUCAAAGGGGGGGACUCUUCGUAACCAGCUGUAGCUUAAUGUGAUCCUCAUUUCUCCUCAUCAUUUCAUUGAUGUUCUCUUGGUUUUUUUUUUUCUUUCUUUUCUGAGUUAAAUGUCUGACUGACAUCCCGUGUUUGGAUGCUACCAAGGUGUACAGGCGAGAGAGAGAGAGAGAGAGAGAGAGAGAGAGAGAGAGAGAGAGAGAUUGGAAGAGAACUUUUAAGGCUGCUCUCAGUGCACCUUUCGUCUGAAUCUAGACACACUGGGUUGGGUAAUUUACUGUUGAGAUCAACAAUGGAGGGAGUUUUGUUGUAGUGGAUGACUCAUUUAGGUUAUUUUCUCCCUUGAGAGUGCUGAGAGAUUUCCUUUUUUCUUUUUCUUCUUUUUUUGUUCCACCUGCGUGUUUCUCCUCUCAGACACUCUGUAGAAUCUGUUGUGACUUUUAUGGAGUGCGAAAUUUUUGCAGUCAGUGCGAAGUUUGGAGGAACAAAACUGAUACCAAGCAUGGCUGAUGAAACAGCAGCUGAGUGCUGAACCCCUCUGUCCAGGGAGGCAGUCCAGAUAUGACAACAGUAUCCAUGGAGCCUGUAGGAGUCCUUGUGGAAAGGGGCACCAAUGCCACUGACCCCCCUCUGAAUGCACAUGAGGACAUAGCUGCCACCUUUGCCAUUGGCACCAUCCUCUCGAUCAUGUGCCUCGUUGGAGUCUCAAUGAACAUCUACACCCUGGUGGUCAUGUGCCACUCCAUGAGGAAUGCAGCCUCUAUGUACAUCUACAUCGUAAACCUUGCUUUGGCAGAUCUGCUGUAUCUUCUUACUAUACCCUUUGUAGUUUGCACCCAUUACCUUAAGGGAUGGUACUAUGGGGAUGCAGGAUGUCGGAUUCUGAUCAGCAUGGACUUCCUGACAAUGCACGCCAGUAUCUUCACCCUGACAAUCAUGAGCACGGAGCGCUACUUUGCUGUGCUCAAACCACUCGACACAGUCAAGCGAUCCAAAAGUUACCGGAAGGCCAUCGCUCUGCUGGUAUGGGUUGCAUCUCUCAUCCUCACAAUACCAAUGAUUGUGGGCAUUCAACUAAUGACAGUGGGGAACAAGGUUAUGUGCCAGUCCACCUUGUCACAACUCUCCUACAAAAUUUACAUCACCUUCCUGUUCUGCACCAGCAUUGUCGCCCCAGGACUGAUCAUUGGUUAUCUCUAUAUCCAGCUUGCACGCACCUAUUGGGUUUCACAGACCGAGACCUUCAAACAGACCAAGAAACCUCCCAAUCAAAAGGUGUUGUACCUUAUCUUCACCAUCGUGCUCCUCUUCUGGGCAUGCUUCUUGCCCUUCUGGAUCUGGCAGCUGCUCGAUCAGUUUGAACUCUCACAGUCCCUGUCCGCCAAAGCCAAACGCAACAUAAACUACCUGACCACGUGCCUGACAUAUUCCAACAGCUGCAUCAACCCAUUUCUGUACACACUGCUCACCAAGAACUACAAGGAGUACAUGAGGAAGCACAAGCGGUCCUGGACAGCUGGCAGCUACUUCAGCAGGAGUCGUCGCUUUCAGCGCUCGCCACGUAGGUCACCAUCUUCCAGCAGUCAGCAGUGUACUGAGAGCUUCAUGCUCUCACAUACAGCCUCCCUGCCAGCCCAUAACAGCUGUUUGUAAGACAUGACUACGCUGUGCUGACUGUGGAAGAGGAAGAAAGGACAAGACGAACCUGUUGGAGAUGACACACAACAGUUGCAGACCCUGAACUCCUCAUCAGCACGGCAGUGAAACAGGAUGAGGAAGAUCAAAGCGUCUUUUGUAUUUGCGGUUUAGUAUGCGUGCACACAACAACACUGUAUGAGCACCAACAGGGACUGAAUGAGAAGCUUGCUACAAAGUAGACACCCUCAAGUCUGUAUUUAUUCCCGUGGCAUGAGGAGAAUGAUGAAAGUCUUACAGAACCAAAACUUUCAACUUCUAUGCUUUCUCUUAUGUUUACCCUGGGUCACUCUCACAGUGCUCUCUGUUGGCCUUGAUGUAAAAAAUAUUCUUAAACCUGUUGUCUCUUGACAAAGGAGAGGAGCUGACAACAGCAGAGUAAUGUUGUGGAUGCACUGGCGAGGUAAGGGAAACAUGAUGGAAGCAUCAGUGGAUUGAUUUACAAAAAAAGCAAAUGAUGUGGGAAUUGUUGAGAAAGUUGAGCUUCAGGGAAAAAAAAAAAAAAAAGUGUACAUGAGAUACUUAAAUCCGUGACAGAUCAAAAUGCAUGACAGAGCUUCAACUGCAGUAAACGACUGUGGGAUAUUUUUGUUACUGCAGAGUACAAACGGACAACAGCACCGUGUGAAAAAUGACAACCCCCUCAUUCAUUUGGGACCACCACACAUGCACACACACACACACCCACACACACACACACUCACACACACACUCACACACAAAAAGGGGUAUUGUGACAUCAUCCAGCAAGAUGCUACAAUCAUAUACGUGCAGAGACACAUUCCUGGUAGAUUACUAGAUUACUAAUGCCAUAAUUCUGUUGUUUCUCACAGUCGUAAAGUGGUAAAGUCCUUUCUCAUGGUAUCAGAUUAAUGUGCAAUGUUGUGGUGUCUGAUAAGUCAAACUCAUUGAUUUGUCUGUCCAGCUGGACUUAUGUGGGUCGCAUUUUAUUGCCUGUUAUAUAAAGCAACAUGCCUACACUAGAGCAGCUUUUUUUUAAACACAGUGCUGUUUCUAGAUGUAAAUGUCCAGUGGGGGUGGCAAUAUUGUGUAGUUCUCUUACUGUCAACAAAUGAAAAGACCAAAAUCAGAAAUGAAUGGAUCCUAUUGAUGAGUCUGCAGCCUUGCUUGCAGCUCUGUGAGACUGUAUGCGGGUUGUUAACUGCUAACGUCAGCAUGCUAGCAUACUCACAAUAUGGCUAACAUGCCGAUCUUAGCUUUUAACAUCUUUGCCAUUUUAGUUUGGUAUUUAUCAUGGUACAUACUCUGAUUAGCAAUAAACACAGCUGGGGCUGAUGGAUGAAUGUUAUUAGUUUUGCAGAUAUGUAGUGAUAAACCAAAGAUAAAAUAAGGUAAGAUAAUCCUGUAUUAGUCCCACAGUGGGGAAAUUCACAUUGUCAGGAUAGCAAAUAAAGGUACACAAUAUUUACACUAUUUCACAAUUGUUUACAUUAUUAGCAGUAAACAACAAAGUUAUUUUAUUGCACUGGGAGAUUAUUGCAUAAUGAUUUAUUGAAAUUCAGUUUGUUGUGGAGUGGGUGGGGUCUGCCGGGAGCAGUGCUGGUUGCACAGUGUCACAGCAGUGGGAGGAAGGACUUGCGGUAACGCUCCUUCACACAUUUGGAGUGAAGCAGCCUGCCACUGAAGGAGCUGCCCAGUGCCAUCAGAGUCUCAUGCAGGGGGGGGGGUUGUUGCCCAGCAAAGCAGAUAGCUUAGAUAUCACACUUGCACUGGGUCAAGGGGGCUCCUUAGGACAGAGCUGGCCUUCCUAAUGAUUUUAUCCAGUCUCUUCCCAUCUGCAGUAGAGAUGCUGCUGCCCCAGCAGCCCACUCCACAGAAUAAGGCUGAUGCCACCACAGAGUUGAAAAAGGUCCUGAGAAGUGCACCUCUGCACUCCAAAGGACCCAUCUCCUCAGCAGGUACAGUCUGCUUUGGCCGUGGAGUUGUCCACUGAAUUGGACAAAUUAAAAUUGGAGCUACAUAAAAGGUUAGAAGUCACUACAGAUUCCUCAGUAAGGUGACAUGAACGUGAAAAUUUGUUUUAAAACAACAACGUGAAACAACAAUAACUUGAUGGUGGCGCUAGAGCAAAACUCAGAGGAUCACCACAGUUAUACCUGGGACCAUGGAUGUUCUCACCUACCAACAGGAACUACGCUAGCAUGGCUAAAAGCUAUGAAAAAUGAAUCAGUGGGCCACAGUUCCACUGGCACAUGUUCCUUCCUCACCAUCACUACUGUACGGUUUUUGACUCAAUGCAAUAUAUGCCAUGAUGUUGGAAAUAUUAACACGAAAUAUGUAUUAAUCUGGCAGUUGUCCCCAACAUAUGCAAUAUUUUCUCCUGUGAGAGUGAUAUUAAGGCUACUAAACACUACAGUGCUAAAGACGUGUUUUAGGAAACAUGUAAAACAAAUGCACUAAGUAUUGACUUAAUUUUAAAGAUUUUUACCUUUAGUAGGAACAUAUGGACUUGGAGCUGAGUGACAAAGUAUUGAAAGGUGGACUAACACACUGCUGGUUUUGGUCUUUUCUGGUAUUAUUAUUAUUAUUAUUAUCAUUUUGUCUUGAACAAGGAAAAUAAAGAGAAACAGCAGCCUUAUGCUAUGUGCAAAACAAGAUGUUCCUUCAGUCCAUGAAAACAUCAGAAGCUUGCUCCCAACUUUAUAAAUAAACUGUAAAAAGACUUAUUAAAUUAAAUAUAUGGUUGAAAAAAAAAUCUCUGUAAAAAUAUUGUUGCUGAUGUAUUUCAUCUGUUUACAAAUAUUUGAAUUCUUUUGCAUGUCAAUACUGCUAUUUCAUGCUACUGUGCAAUGCUAACAAUUAUAACAAACACUAAAAAGCCAAAAGCGUUUUUUGUGUGCGUUUUCUCAGAUCUGUGAGACUCUUCAGAGGCCUCUUUUGUCAUACCAGGUCACUUGAUAAUGUUACGAUUUGGAUGAAAAAGGACACAGAGUGUGAGCAGAAUUGCAGGUAGGAACCAAGCUGUUACUCCUCUAUUGAUAUAACUUCCAGAGCAUCAAGUGAAAUGCUGGCUGAUGCAUAUUUAACCAAUCUAUCCUCUGAAGAAAUCUCGUAUAUGGAUUUGGGAGGAUUUGUAUGCAGGAGCUUGAAAAGUGGGAAAUAAUUUACAUCAAUCUCAAAGUGGGAUCUUAAGCAUUUUUAAAGCUAUCCUGCUGGCUUUGUACUCAUAUAUACUGUACACAUGAAAAGUCGAAAGUGGCUGUGCUUUUAAGCAGUGAAGUAAACCCAAAUUUCAUACCCCGUGUAUGAGUCUUCAAAGUCAUAAAUAAAUCAAUUUGCCAGCCACAGAUGGAGCUGCAUGCCGACCGUGAAGCAUGAAAAAGGUUUGGAUGUCUUUGGCAGAGCGCAACAUCGCUUGGGAUACAAGAAAAGGAAAAGAUGAUAAUAAUGAUGAUGUAUAAUAGCAAUGAGCCCCAUUCUUUACAUUUCAGUAUGUUCAAUAUGUGCUAAGAGUUGAAGUGAGUGUUUCUGAUUUUAAACCUUUUAAGGUAAACAAUAAAAGUUAUUUAAAAGUUCA